AUGGCACUGCCUGCGUUUGCAGCCCGGGAGCUCGGGCCGCCACUGCAACCAGAGCAAGGAGCCCUCACCACCUGUCCCCGCCGGCAUUCCAGAGUAGAGGCUGAAUUGGCAGCAAGCUGGCCAGGGCCGGUCGCUGCCUCAGUCCUUGCCGGCCCUCCUAGGGGUGUGUCUCUGGGAUUCAACUCCCCGCCGCUCCAGGACAAGCCCCCAAAGGCAUUUUCUUCCUUGGCGGGAGCCUUGCGCGCCCCGUUCUUCGCGUUGCUGCUUCGAGGCCGCCGCAGGCGGAUGCACGACCUCAGGCGACGCUGGGACCUGGGCUCCCUCUGCCGGGCCCUGCUCACUCGGGGCCUGGCAGCCGUGGGCCACUCAGUCAAGCACGUGCUCAGCGCGAUCUUCUCCAAGAUCUUCGGUCCCUUGGCCAGCGUCGGGAACAUGGAUGAGAAAUCCAACAAGCUGCUGCUGGCUUUGGUGAUGCUGUUCCUAUUUGCCGUGAUCGUCCUCCAAUACGUGUGCCCCGGCACAGAAUGCCAGCUCCUCCGCCUGCAGGCGUUCAGCUCCCCGGUGCCGGAUCCGUACCGGUCGGAGGAUGAGAGUUCCGCUAGGUUUGUGCCCCGCUACAAUUUCAGCCGUGGCGAUCUCCUGCGCAAGGUAGACUUCGACAUCAAGGGCGAUGACCUGAUUGUGUUCUUGCACAUCCAGAAGACUGGGGGCACCACUUUUGGCCGUCACCUGGUGCGCAACAUCCAGCUGGAGCAGCCAUGUGAGUGCCGCGUGGGGCAGAAGAAAUGCACUUGCCACCGGCCUGGUAAGAGGGAGACCUGGCUCUUCUCCAGGUUCUCCACUGGCUGGAGCUGUGGGCUGCAUGCCGACUGGACCGAGCUCACCAGCUGCGUCCCCGCAGUGGUGGAUGGCAAGCGCGACGCCAGGCUGAGACCUUCCAGGUGA